AGCACAUGCUGCUUAUCUCAGAAAUGGGUUUCCGUUGCCUUUCUUUUCUUUUUCUUCCCAACGAAGAGAAAGAAAGAUAGCAACAUAGAGCCCUAACACCUUCAUCAUCGUCGUCGUCGUCUUCUUCUUCUUCUUCCUUUUACUCGCUUUUCAUCUUACCAGGACAUGGCAGCAGAUGAUGGUAUGACAGAUUUGAAGGCUAAGUUGAGUCAGUCUCAUGACACUUGGAAGCAGAAUAUCGAAAGAAGUCAAUCUCAAGUGGAUGUAUUGGAGGCAAGGAUAAUGGAGGUAAAGGCUUGCAUACAUGGCUCUGAGGAAGAUGCAAGAAAUGAGUUAGAGGUUCUAUGGCGAAGAGUCAAGACUACUUCUACCCUGUUGUCCUACUUAAAAUCAAAAGCUAGAAUCAUGGCGGUUCCUCAUCUAGCCCAUACAUCUUGUGGCAUAAAAAAGUUAGAUGGGGUAGGGCUUGUUGACAAAGAUGGGAUUCCAUUAUCAGGUUGGUCUAGGAAUGUUGAUCUUUCUUCAUUUGAUGAUCCAGAUGAAGAAUCUUGGAUAGGAAUUAACCGUCAGCUUGGUUCCUUAGAAGAACAGGAUGCAGUUUAUAUAGGUGAGAUACUCAAGUCUGUUCAGAUGGUCGCGGAUGUGAUGGAAGCUCUCGUCAAAAGGGCUUUAUUGGCAGAAUCAGAAACUAGAACGGAAAAAGAAAAAGUGAGUUUAGGUCAGGAAGAAAUUAUGCGGAAGUCUGCUCAAUUAGAGAGUAUGUCCAUGAAAUUAGAAGAAAUGGAGCGUUUUGCUUUGGGUACAAAUGGUAUUUUGAAUGACAUGCGGCAAAGGGUUGCAGAUUUGGUUGAAGAAACAACUAGACAGAGGCAACGUGCUUCUGAAAAUGAAGAAGAGCUUUCUCGGGUCAAACGGGAAUUUGAGUCUCUGAAGUCAUAUGUUAGUAGUUUAAUCACAGUAAGAGAAACCUUACUUUCUUCAGAGAAGCAAUUCCAAACUAUUGAAAGGCUAUUUGAACGCCUAGUUGGAAAGACUACUCAGUUGGAGGGUGAGAAAAUGCAAAAAGAGGCUGAAGUUCAGAAACUUAUGGAGGAGAAUGUGAGAUUGAGUGCGAUGCUUGACAAGAAAGAGGCCCAACUUCUAGCGUUGAAUGAACAGUGUAAAAUGAUGGCCUUGAGCUCUUCAAACCUGUAAAUGCCAUUGCACUCUACAAAUUGCUUGCUUAGCUCUUUCUUGUUGACAACUGGAGGCUUACAGGAUAAAGACCAUUUGUCAGAGGUCUUCUAAUCCAUAAGAAAUCAUGAAUGGAGGGCUCCGUAAACAUCAUCAAUGCCUGUUUAAUGCCUCUUUCAAAAUUAAACACGGAAUUUCUUUUUCCUUAGAAUGUAAACUUGGCGUAAUUUUUAAUGAGAAAAAGACGUUGUAUAUGUUUCCCAGAAACAGUCAUCGAAACCCAAUCAAACAUAUACCCAUCAAAUGUUUGAGAUCUGCAGAAGAUUACUCUUGUUCUAUAAUGGUAGAAUACACAGGUUCCCUCGCGGCAAAAGAAAUGUUUUGCUGUGUAUCAUUAAAUGUGUUCAGCUUUCA